AUGGCAGCUCUCGACCUUUCAACGAUGGUCAAAAAGACGCUUGACGUCUCUCGCGGCUUCACCUACACCUACUACACCUCGCCCGCUCGUGACUCAAAACCCACUCUCCUCCUCUUCCACGGCUGGCCUGACACAGCGCGUCUCUGGGCUGGUCUCACCAACAACCACCUCAUCCCGAAUGGCUACGGCGUCGUGGCGCUAGAUAACCUCGGCUUCGGUGAUACAUCGAGGCCCACCGACCCAGAAGACUACGCAUGGCACCGUCUUGCGGCCGACGCUGUCGAGAUUCUCGACAGAGAGCGCUUAACGAAAGUCAUCUCCCUCGGCCACGACUGGGGUUGCCUCAUCGCCCAGCGGCUAUACAACUUUCACCCCGAUCGCAUCUGCGGCCUUGUCAUGUUGAACGUCCCCUACAUGCCGCCCACUGGCAACUUCGACCUCGAAGCAGUCAACCAAGUGACGAGAAAGAUAUUCGGCGUCGGCAUCUUUGAGUACUGGCAUUUUUUCCUCGCCGAGGACUCGGUAGACCUCAUGAAUCAGAACCUUGAGUCUGUGUAUAGCGUUACGUUCGGCGACCCGCAAACCUGGCUUGAGAACUGGUGUACAACCGGCAAGAUGCGCGAGUUCAUCACCGGAGGCCGUACGCAGCCGACGCUACCGUUCGCCACACCGGGACAUAGAGCAGACUUUAUGGAGCGAUACGGCAGAGACGGGUUUGCUGCGCCAAGAUGUGUCUACACUGUGACGGGCUCCGGGAUCCAGGACAAGUCAGAGAGGAUGCUCAGCGGAGAGGUGAAGACGGUUCGGGUGCCAGUGCUCUAUUGGGGCGGGGAGCAAGACUAUGUGUGCAGGCCUGAAUUACUUCAGCAGAGCAUCGCUGCUGGCGUGCUGCCGGAUGUUAAGAAGAUUACGAGGGAAGGCGGACAUUGGGCUUUUCUUGAGAAGCCGGCUGUAUUUGGACAAGAUGUGUUGGGAUGGUUGCACCAAAGUUUUGACUCUUGA